AUGUCACUAUGGGCAUGUCAUGCUGAAGCUGUAAAAGCUAUUAAAAAUAACUAUAAUGGUUUAAUUACUGUAAUUGAUGAAAUAUGUCAAAACACUUCAGUACCUGAGAUGAGAGCAAAAGGAAUUGGUAUUUUACUACAACUUUAAAAAUUUGAAUUUAUUUUUGGCAUGGAAUCAGUAAGUCCUAUUUUAAAUAUAAUUUUAAAAGUUAUUUCUAUGCUACAAUCUCCAAAAAUUGACCUUUUUUUUGCAGCAAACAUUUUUUUAAACAUUAGAAAUAAUGAAGAAGAAUACAAAAUUAUAUUUUCUAACACUGAAAAAAUCUGUGCAAUUCAUAAAAUAAAUAUUCCAAAAGUAAAAAAAAAAAAAGUUACAACUAAAAUUGAUCAGUCUCCUUCAAAUCAAGUAUUUUUUAAGAUUAAGUAUGACGAAUUAAAAGUUUCUGUAUAUUACCUAUUACUAGAUUACCUUAUUUCUGGAAUAAAUUUAAGAUUUAAACAAGAUACAAUUGGCCUUAUAAAUGGUGUUCCAAAUAUUCUAAAUUUAAAUAUAACUACUGAAAUAACGGUCAUUUUGGAAAAGUUUGCAAAAAUUUCACCAGACACUCUGAUUGCUGAAAUCAAAAAUAUUCCUGAAGGACUCACUACUAAUGAAUCUGUGUUUUUGUGGCUAAAUUGGUUAAAAAACUCCAAUAGAUAUAAUACUUUUAGUUGUUUUUUUUUUUUAAAUGUUUAUUGUUCACAAAUGUUUAUUAUUGUACAAGUUGUUCAUGUGAAUGGGUAUUUUCAAAAUUAAAUAAUGUUUAAAUUAAAUUAAGAAAUACCAUAGAAUCAUUAAUUUUAUUUUUCAUGGAAUAAGAAAUGGCCUCUAAUGUUUAACUAGAUUUAGUUAUUAAUGAGUUUAAUAAUAUAAGUAAUAGACGCAUGUUAUAAAUUUAUAGCUUUUGUAUUAGAAUGUUAAAUAAAAAACGUAAGUAAUGUUUAUGUGUACAUUAUAAUUUAUUCAAAUAUUUAUUAUGUACAUGUCUUGUUGAGAGAGGGCCCAAAAAUAUUGUAGGAAUCUCAGAAAUACAGGUAUACACAAAACCUAUGGUUGACAUAUAAGAUAUAUAAGCUAUCUUGUAUCUGAAGAAAAUUAUUUUUUAUACUUCAUUUUAAUUUUUACAAUAUCUAACAUUUCAGUGAAUUUAUCUAAAUAAUCUAAUUUAGAUAAUCCUAUAGUGGAAUUAAGAUCUAAAUCUGAAAGUUAUAAUUCCAUUAUCGUAGUACGCAUCAUAAUUAAAAUUUCAGAUACAUCAACUUAAAUUCCAGCAUUUUGUUUCAGUGUCAUAACAGAUUGAAGUGAUAUCAUCUAAUCUACACAAUUAAAUUUAUCUAAUACCUGUCAAAUUUGAAGUUCCGGUGAGUAGGUCUCAUAACUCUUUGCAUACAUUUCAUUUGUAAUUGGCUCGUGGUUGAAUGUGGAAGACUUUAUUUGUCAAAUUAUGUGAGGGAAUUGAACCAGUUUUCAAUUUUACGCGCAUCCUUGGUGAAUUUGCUAUAAGUACAAUAAAAAAAAAACACAAUUUUUUUUAAACAAAUAUCUCAGUCUCAUAAAUUUGACAACAUGUGGCCAUUAACUACAUUAAUCUUAACCUACCUAUUAAUAUAAUAUAGAUUCUUAUCAAAAUUACUUGUUUUAAAAUGUAGAAAAUCGAAUUUUGUAAAAUGUUUACUACAUACAAGAAUAGUAUUAGUAGUAACAUGUUUAUGCGUGCACCCAUUUUUUCCUCAGAGCGUAGUUCUUUGGAAAUAUGUGUAAAUUCACAUCCUCUUGGUAUUGUCUAUUAAGAUAAUUAUCAUUUUAAUUAGAUUAAUUCUAUUUAUUUUAUAUUUAUCAGAAUAAUUUUAAAAUAAAGUAAAAUUUAAAUUAUACCAAUAUACUAAGUAACAUACCGUGCUGUGCAUAGUAGAACAUUACAAUAUUUGUGGAUUUUUUUUGGAAAUUUGGUUUUUGGAAUGUCUGUGUAAUAACUGUGAUCCAUAUUCAUAGUAAUAAACUUACUGAGCUGAUAUUUGGGUAUUCAAAAAAAAAUAAUUCACGAUUUUAAAUUUUGAUCAAGAAUCUUUGAUUUUAAAUUCAAAAACGUAUUUCAUCAAUGUAAUCAGUUGAAGGGAAGCCCUCUUACAAAGUUUCUCGCCAAUACCACAAGAUGUCAGCCCAUUCGCUUUCUAUCACGAUAUUAAAAUGGCCGCCAAUCGUUAUCCAAGAGGUGAAUGUUUACAAAAACUGAUAUGAUAAGUGAUGAGAUAAUAUUUUGGAACAGUCUACAAUGUACAUAAUAUUUAACCCUAUAUAAGGCCAUGAAUAUUAGUACAUUGUUUCUUAUCAAUACUAUAAAACAUAAACCUUUCUCUUAGAUAAGGAUAGAGGCCAUUUUGUUGGUGACAAUAAUAAUACCAAGUUCGGCUAUUUAGUUGUUUUGUACAUCUGUGUUGUCAUCCAAUCUAUAGCCGUAAACUUAGAUUAUAUACUAUGGAUGCAGCUAUUCGUACACUGAAUUGUGACCAAUAUCAUCCCUACUACUUUUAAAAUUUCAUAGUACGCGACACAAACAUGCACAUGCCCAAAAAAUCAGUUGAAAGCUUGACGAAUGAUACUGUAAUAAUGAUACGUGAUAAUGUUUAAAAUAAAACCAAAUUGUUUGAUACUGAUUUCUUGACAUCCGCAGUAAAUUUGUGUCGGUGUACCAUGAAAUUUUAAAGGUGGUAAGGAUGAUGUUGGGCACAAUUUGGUACUAAAGCAAUUAUACGCAUCCAUGGUAUAUGAUCUAAGGCACAGAGUAAUAUAUAUAAAUAGGUUGUUGGGUAUAUCGCCGAUGUUAACUAAUUGAUGCGCAAAACGUGGAUAUUUAACAAGGCCUUCAUUAUUGAUAAAAAUAUUGUAAAACGUACCGCUUAUUAAACGUUAUCUGCAAUGUUAUCCUAGAGUAUUGAGUCAACUCUCAAGUUCACAAUUCAUUUCAUUAUGGCCCGGUUUUUCAAUCUCAUUUAUUCGUCGAUAACACGACUUAUUUGACAGAUAAGACAAAAAUUGAUAAUUUUCGGUUUUCCAUGUCGGAGUAAACUAGUAAAGCUUUUUGAUGAAAAAAGUGCAGAAUAACUUAUUAUAUAGUUAUUACUAUAUAUUUUCUACCAAAUAAUAAUUUAUAUGACGAAUAAGUAUUUCAUAUCAAGCGUAAACUUGUGACAUCUCUGGGCUAAAAUAUAAGUUAGGUUUCCAAUUACCCUGUUAUUCAAAACAAUGCGUAUUUUGUUUAGUUUAUACCUACUUGGUACUUACACAGCCUAUAGUACUUGAAUUGAAGUCUUAUGCUAUUUUUUGCAAGCAAUUAUUUUUAUUUUUAGAUUGUUUUCCAAAAUAUUUCUAUUUGAUAAUGCAUACUUCAAUAAACAAAAUAAUUGUCGCUCAAAUCCUCUGCCAUUGUUCAUUACAAUGUAUGAUAUAUUAAUACAAUAUGUUUAUACUUGAAUUUUUGGUUGUAAAAUAUAUAUACAGUACAUUUUGUCGUAUACUUUUAUACUUUAAUUAAGUAGGUAUAGAUAAAAAAAUAUUAUAUUAAUUAAUUAAUAAUUAAUAGGAAUUAAUUUGAACAAUAAUAAAAAUAUAUAUUAUAUGAUACUAUAACGUUAUGGAGCUAAACGACUGUUGUAUAUGGGAAGGUCGCUACAUUCAAUUUAUAUAGUAUGUCAACAAUUAAUCAUUGCUAACAAAAACGAUUCUAAGCCAAGUUCAAUUAUAUACAAUUAGAAAUGCUGUCAAUUUCUAUUAAAUUUGAUCCUAAGGUAUGAGUACUGUAAAGACUAUUCUACGACAGUACUAUAACGGAAGGAGUAUAUUGUUUACACACAAUUAAUUAAUACUCAUUUAUGAAAGCUAGAAGUAUAAACUAUUUUCAUUUAUUAUUAGUAUAAUUAAUGACUAACUAAUAAUAACUGGUUGCAAAUGUUAUCAUUAUUAAAAAAUCAAUAUAGGUACCUAAUUAUUCUGUGAAAUUUGCUUGUAUUUAUUAUUAUUUUUAACAAAAUUUAAAAUAAUGAAACCAUUAUUUUCGUAAAUAUGGUACGAAGAUCGAUGUUAUAGCAGCAUAGGGUUUUAUUUUAAACAUACUAAAUAUAAAGUAAUACUGAUAUAAAUUAAAAUAGGUUGCAUCUAUAUAGUAAUAUAAAAAAAAUAAUUUAAAUUUCCUAUUUACUUUCCUAGUUGCAUACUUUACGAGUAAUAACAUGUCAAAUCUUGUUUAAGUAUAGUGUAAGGACUGAUAUGUUGUGUUCAUUGCAGUCUUAUAUUAACCUAUAAGUUUAUUUGUUAAUCACUAAUUUAGUAUUACUGUGCUCAAAGUAUUUAAAAACUAUAACCUUUUUGUUCACUUAUAAUUCAGAAUUUUUUUUAAAAUUAUUAUUAUAACUUUAUUAUUAUUUAAAAUUGAGCAAGUCUAGUGUGAUUUGGGAUUAUUUUCAACUUGAUCAAGAUAACAUUAAUGUUAAAUGCGGUCUUUGUCAUAUAAAAUUAAAAAAUAAUCGUACUUCAACAUCCAACUUAAUAAGACAUAUGAUGUCUAAACAUCUCACUGUUAGCAUACUCAAUAGAAAUGUGCAUGUAUUAGAAGAGACCAUUGUCGACCAAAAUCAUGCUCCAUCAACCUCUACUACUGUAAAUUAAAUUAAACAAUAUUUUAGAAAAAUAGUAUAAUUUUAAACAACUAUCAGAUUUAUUUUGGUUGUUAUAUUUAUAAUUUAAACAUUUUUAGAAUUAUUGUUAAUAAUUUCUAUUAAAAAAUUACAAAAUAAUUACUUUUCUAAACAAUAUAUAUUAUAUAUUUUUAGAAUAAAACUGUUUCUACAAAUAAUUUUGUGGUAAAUAAAACUGUAAAAUCUCCACAAAUUCCAUCAAUUGAAUAUUUAUUGAAUAGUCGUCCUCAAAGUUCUAGGGUUGUGAAUAAUUCCAUCACUCAAUAUUUAUCUAAGCUAGUAAGCGCGUCUCCUAGUAAAAUUAUAGAUCAGCAAGUUCUGCAAAUGAUCGUGAAAAGUCCUUUCAGUAUUAUUGAAGACAGAGAAUUUGUGAAGCUUUUAAAUUCGCUAAAUCCCGGGUACACAUUUCCGUCCAAAAAAACUCUGACACAAUCAUUAUUACCUGUAAUGUAUAAUGAGGUAUAUGAACAAGUGAAAGAAGACAUACAAGAACAUGCAAAAUAUAUUAGUAUUACCACCGAUAGUUGGACUUCCAUUAAAAAUGAAAAUUAUACUGCUGUUACAUGUCAUUUUAUCGAUAAUAAAUGCGAAUUAAAGUCAUAUCUACUUUCUUGUUUUAAAAAUUCUGAAUCACAUUCUUCAGAAAAUUUGAAAAACGAUUUAUUGGCUGUUAUAAAGAAAUGGGCUUAGAAAAUAAAAUUGCUGCAUGUACAACUGAUAAUGCUUAUAAUAUUGUUAAUGCUGUNUGAUUUACAUGUUGUUUUUUUUAUAUAAUACCUUUAUAGGGGAGUUUACAAAAAUUCAAAAAAGUCCAUCCAGAAAUUUAAAUCCACGAUUUUAUUUUUGAUAGAUGUAGUCACGAGUAAAUGAACACAGUAUAUCACACAUAUGUGAAAAUGUAACCUGUUGGAAAUAAACUUUAUAAACCAGUGUUUAACCAAUUUUAUCAAUUGAAUGUCUAUUGAAUAGUCAUCCUCAAAGUUCUAGGGUUGUGAACAAUUUCAUCACUCAAUAUUUAUCUAAGCCAAUAGGCGCGUCCUAUUAAUAAAUUAUAGAUCAGCAAGUUCUGAAAAUGAUUGUGAAAGAGUAUUAUUCUUUCAGUGCUGUUGAAGACAGAAAGUUUGUGAAGCUUUUAAAUUUGCUAAAUGCCGGGUAUACAAACAAGCCAUACAAGAACAUGCAAAAUAUGUUAGUAUUACCACAACGAUAGUUGGACUUCCAUUAAAAAUGAAAAUUAUAUUGCUGUUACAUGUCAUUUUAUCGAUAAUGAAUGCGAAUUAGUCAUAUCUUCUAUUUUGUUUUAAAAAUUUUGAAUUAAAUUCUUUAGAAAAUUUGAAAAACAAUUUAUUGGCUGUUAUAGAGAAAUGGGGCUUAGAAAAUAAAAUUUCUGCAUGUACAACUCAUAAUACUUAUAAUAUUGUUAAUGCUGUUAAUUUAUGUAGAUGGAGACAUGUAGGUUGCUUUGCCCAUAGUUUGAAUUUAGCAGUACAAACAGCUCUUAAAUCAAUACUUGAAACUAGGGAAAAAGUAAGAGGAAUUGUUGGCCAUUUUAAGAGCAGUCCACAGGCAUCAGAAAACCUCAAAACCAUGCAAGAGCAAUUAGGGUUAACACCACCUUUAAUGCUCAUUCAAGAUGUCAUUACACGUUGUAACUUGACGUAUGAAAUGUUCUAACAAAUUAACAAUCUUAAAGUUCCUCUUUCUUGGGUCUUAGUACAGUGCAAUUACAAUAUUUACUUGACCAAUGAAGACUGGUACAUUAUUUCCAAGUCAUUUGAGAUUUUAAAAUAUUUUAAGGAAAUUACACUAGAAAUAAGUAGUGAAAAAUCUGUUUCUAUUUCAUAAUCUGUUGUAUUUAGUUGAGCGCUUCUUAAACAUUGUACAUACUUGGAUACACAACUAUAUAAUUCAUCUCAACUAACAAGUAUGAUACGCACGUUAAAAAACUAAGUAGAACAGAGAUUUUAAACACUUGAAAAAAUACAAAUUUAUGCUGAAGCUACAAUACUCGAUCCGAGAUUCAAAAAAAUGGAUUCUUCAACACCAGUUCAUUUUCUGAAGGAAAAUAAAAACAUUAAUUAGUAGAGCUACUGUAGUAAACAUUGGAAAUUUAAAUAAUAUACAGCCGGUUAUACCAAAUCAAACUUCAAUUUUGGGCAGAGAUUCUAUUUGGAAUGAAUUUAAUGAAGUGGUAAGUAGUCAGUUGGGAUCUACAAAUUCAACUUCUGCAGCUAUUGUUGAAAUUGAUAAGUACCUUCAAGAAGGAUUAAUACCAAGGCAUGAAUGUCCUUUGAAAUGGUGGAAGGACAAUCAAAAUGUUUAUCCACGUUUAUUUGAAAAUAUGAAAAAACGUCUUUGUGUACUAGCAACAUCAGUUCCGUGUGAAAGAAUAUUUUCUAAGACAUGGCGAACAUUGACAGAAAAAAGAAGUAGGUUAAGUAUUAAAAAUUUCGAAAAAAAUGAUCUUUAUAAACUUUAAUUCAAAAUAGUGUGCUUUUGAUAUUUUUAUAUGUACCUAUUAUUUAAUUAUUUAAUCUUAUUUCCUUGAUUUGAAAACAAUGAAACAUUGUAUGAACAUAUNAAAUAAUUACUUUUCUAAAUAAUACAUAUUAUAUAUUUUAAGAAUACAACUGUUUCUACAAAUAAUUUUGUGAUAAAUCAAACUGUAAUAUCUUCACAAAUUCCAUCAAUUGAAUGUCUAUUGAAUAGUCAUACUCAAAGUUCUAGGGUUUUGAACAAUUCCAUCACUCAAUAUUUAUCUAAGCCAGUAGGCGUAUCUCGUCGUAAAAUUAUAGAUCAGCAAGUUCUGAAAAUGAUCGAUGAGUAUUAUCCUUUCAGUGUUGUUGAAGACAAAGUUUGUGAAGCUUUUAAAUUUGCUAGAUCCCGGGUACACACUUCCGUCCAGAAAAACUCUGACAAAAUCAUUAUUACCUGUAAUAUAUAAUGAGGUAUUUGAACAAGUGAAACAAGACAUACAAGAACAUGCAAAAUAUGUUAGUAUUACCACCAAUAGUUGGACUUCCAUUAAAAAUGAAAAUUAUAUUGCUCUUACAUGUCAUUUUAUCGAUAAUGAAUGCGAAUCAAAGUCAUAUCUUCUUUCUUGUUUUAAAAAUUCUGAAUCACAUUCUUCAGAAAAUUUGAAAAAUUAUUUAUUGGCUGUUAUAAAGAAAUGAUGCUUAGAAAAUAAAAUUGCUGCAUGUACAACUGAUAAUGCUUAUAAUAUUGUUAAUGCUGUUAAUUUAUGUAGAUGGAGACAUGAAGGUUGCUUUGCCCAUAGUUUGAAUUUAGCAGUACAAACAGCUCUUUAAUCAAUACUUGAAACUAGGGAAAAAAUAAGAGGGAUUGGUGGCCAUUUAAGAGAAGUCCAGAGGCAGCGGAAAACCUUAAAACCAUGCAAGAGCAAUUAGGGUUAACACCACCUUUAAUCCUCAUGCAGGAUGUCAUUACAUGUUGAAACUCAACGUAUGAAAUGUUCCAACGAAUUAACAAUCUUAAAGUUCCUCUUUCUUCAGUCUUAGUAGAGUGCAAUUAUAAUAUUUACUUGACCAAUGAAGACUGGUACAUUAUUUCCAAAUCAUGUGAGAUUUAAAAAUAUUUUAAGGAAAUUACAGUAGAAAUAAGUAGUGAAAAAUCUGUUUCUAUUUCAAAAUCUGUUGUAUUUAUUUGAGCACUUCUUAAACAUUGUACAUACUUGGAUACAUAACUCUAUAAUUCAUCUCAACUAACAAGUAUGAUACACACGUUAAAACAACAAGUAGAACAGAGAUUUGGAACAAUUGAAAAAAUACAAAUUUAUACUGAAGCUACAAUACUCGAUCCGAGAUUCAAAAAAUAUGGAUUCUUCAACAUCAAUUCAUUUUCUUGUCUGAAGGAAGAAAAACAUUAAUUAGUAGAGCCACUGUAGUAAACAUUAAAAAUUUAAAUAAUAUACAGCCAGUUAUACCAAAUAAAACUUCAAUUUUGGGCGGAGAUUUUAUUUGGAAUGAAUUUGAUGAAGUGGUAAGUAGUCAGUUGAGAUCUACAAAUCCAACUUUUACAGCUAUUGUUGAAAUUGAUAAGUACCUUCAAGAAGGAUUAAUAUUGAGGCAUGAAAGUCCUUUAAAAUGGUGGAAAGACAAUAAAAAUGUUUAUCCAUGUUUAUUUGAACUUAUGAAAAAACGUCUUUGUGUACUUGCAACAUCAGUUCCGUGUGAAAGAAUAUUUUCUAAGGCAGGGCAAACAUUGACAGAAAAAAGAA